GCUGGAUAUUCCCGUUGGACAGAGAGCAGUGAGAGAGGGAGAAGGUGCCUGCCUCCGGGAUGAAGCUCUCCCUGCUGGGUCACUAUGUCCUGCUGCUCCUGCUGUGCCCAGUUUGCUGUAAGCUGGAAUCUCGGGCUCAAGCUGAGGAGCAGCUGCUGAAAACUCUCUUCACUGGCUACAACAAACUGUCCCGACCUGUGAUUAACUCUUCCGACGCUGUGCUCGUCCAUUUCGGCUUGUCGAUUGCACAACUCGUGGAUGUGGAUGAAAAGAAUCAAAUGAUGACCACUAAUGUCUGGAUCAAACAGGAAUGGCAUGAUUUUAAACUCCGCUGGAAUCCCACAGAAUAUGGGAACAUCACCUCAAUCAGAGUCCCAUCAGAGUUUCUCUGGAGACCCGAUAUUGUCCUCUACAACAACGCUGAUGGAGACUUUGCCAUCACCCACUUGACCAAGGCCCACCUGUUCUACAGUGGCAGGAUCAAGUGGACUCCCCCUGCUAUCUACAAGAGCUCCUGCAGUAUUGACGUGACCUUCUUUCCCUUUGACCAGCAGAACUGUACCAUGAAAUUUGGAUCAUGGACCUUCGACAAAGCCAAGAUAGACCUGGUGAGCAUGGCCAGACAUGUAGACCAGCAGGACUACUGGGAAAGUGGGGAAUGGGUCAUUAUCAGCGCAGUUGGGAAUUACAACAUCAAAAAGUAUGAAUGUUGUAGAGAAGUCUACUCAGAUAUUACCUACUCCUUCCUAAUAAGGCGCCUCCCUCUGUUCUACACCAUCAACCUCAUCAUUCCCUGUUUGCUUAUAUCAUGUUUAACUGUGUUGGUCUUUUACCUCCCCUCGGAUUGUGGAGAAAAGAUCACACUUUGUAUCUCCGUGUUGCUUUCCCUGACUGUCUUCCUUCUCCUUAUAACGGAGAUUAUUCCUUCCACAUCCCUUGUCAUCCCUCUGAUUGGGGAGUAUCUUCUCUUCACGAUGAUCUUUGUCACACUAUCCAUUGUUAUCACUGUGUUUGUGCUGAAUGUUCACCAUCGCUCCUCCCACACACACACCAUGCCACCUUGGGUACGAAAGCUUUUUCUGGAUUUCGUUCCUCGCAUUCUCUUCAUGCAACGGCCCACGGCUAUGAUCACAAACUGUAAUGAACUGAUUGUGCCAAUUCAUGAAGCCUUGAGCUCCCCAACUUACCCUCCCAAAACUAAGGAGGAGAAACUCCAAAUCUUCGCUCGAGGAUCAGACCAACAAUCAGGUACCGACCCAUCAUUGACAACUCCAUGUUAUCUUCAGGAAGACCAAGGGAAACCCAAAACACUAUGCCCAUCACAAUCGAGCCAUUAUAGCAUUUUGCAGGAGAACCGGGCACAACCUCACUAUCCAUGUUCUUCACCCAACAACCUCCCUCACCACCACAUCAAGGAACAGCCAAGCUCUCGCUCCAGAGGGAGAUCGUUGAGUCUUCAAUAUCCUUACAAGCAGAAUGAUUUGAUAGAGACCAAUGUCCAGUGUAGGUCCCGCAGGAUCCAGUACAGCCAUCUACAUGAGGAUCUACCCUGCUCGAAUGGGCAGCCCAGACCAAGAGACACUCGGGGAGGCUGUGAGAAUGGAAAUGCCUCCCAGUCAGCUCCAUCUUUGAGUAAAGGCAAAUGUGGGAGCAAGGUCAAGAGAACAGCCUCCAGCACAAAGCGAGAGUCAAAAGUAGCCAAGCCCAAACAACAGCAGAAAGCAAUGUUAACCCCAGCUAUGAAGUUGGCAGUUGAAAGUGUUCAUUAUAUUGCGAACCACUUACGAGCAGAGGAUGCUGAUUUCCUAGUGAAGGAAGACUGGAAGUACGUUGGCAUGGUGAUUGACCGUAUCUUCCUGUGGAUAUUUAUUUUAAUUUGCAUACUGGGAACGUUGGGUCUCUUCCUGCCUCCUUGGAUGGCGGGAAUGCUGUGAAAUUGAAGGACAUCAACAAACACAAGGCAAGAAAGACCUCUUCGAUGAGAGUGAUGGGACUGUUAUUUUGAUCUCCAUCUCCACCCCUCGAUAAGAGUUGUCUGGGCAAGAAAAAUAUCAUUUUACUCUUCUGUAGAUAUUAGGCAUCACAGCUGUUAUAUUGCAACUGUUAAAACAUGUACAAGCAGAACCGAGAGAUUAA